AUGCGGCCAAUGCAAAUGAUGCAACAAAUGCAACCAAUGCAGCAAAACGGUCAAAAUGAUGGAGCUCCGAAUGAUGGCAACAAAGAUGGUGGCCAAAAUGAUGAUGACGGCCAAAAUGGUGACGGACAAAAGGGUGACGGCAAAAAUGGUGGUGGUCAUAAUGGUGGGGGCCAUAAAGGUAGUGGCAAAAAUGGUAGUGGCAAAAAUGGUAGUGGAUAA